AGGGCUUGGCUGGGACUGAGAAUCCACCUACCCCGGGAACUGCCUGAGCACACAGAUCCUGGGGGGCAGGGGCCAGGGCCGCCAUGGCUCAGGCACGUGGGCUGGGCCUGCUGUUGGCGUUGCUGUUGCCCAUGGUCGGUGCCUCCAGGCCGGACACCGUGGUCAGACUCAACAAGGAAGUGCUGAGCUACGUGGCUGAAGCCGGGAAAGCUCCUCUCCAGCGCGCCCUGCAGGUCACUGUUCCGCAUUUCCAGGACUGGAGUGGAGGGGUGCUCCAGCCCACCAGGAUUCAGAUUCUGAAUGUCCAUGUGCCCCACCUUCAGCUGAAAUUUAUUGCUGGCUUUGGAAUACACUUGUUGGCAGCCACCAAUUUUACUUUCAAGAUCUUUCGUGUCCCAGAGCCCCUGCAUCUGAUGCUACCCAUGGCACUGCUGGCCGACACCCCUGUGAGCCAGGGCUCCAUCGGGACCCCCGUGGUCAGCAUCUCUGGCUGCUUCUCUCUCUUCGACAAAGCCAUCGUGCUUGAUGGCCAUAACAGCACAGCCCCUGCGCUGCUGGCCCCGCUGCAGAAUCACAUCAAAGCCGUGCUGCAGAACAAGCUGUGCCUGAGAAUCUCCAACCUGGUGCAGGGCUUCAAUGUCCACCUGGGCACUUUAAUUGGCCUCAGCCCUAUUGGUCCAGAGUCCCAGGUUCACUACUCCAUGAUCGACACACCUACCAUCACCAAUGACUACAUUUCCUUGAAUAUCAACGCUGUUCUCUUCCUCCUGAGCAGACCCAUCGUCCUGCCUGUGGAUACCACCCCCUUCGUGCUGCCACAGCACGUGGGCACCAGGGGUGCCAUGGCAACCGUGGGCCUCUCCCAGGACCUGUUUGACUCUGCCAUCCUGCUGCUGCAGAAGGCUGGUGCGCUCAACCUGGACAUCACAGGGCAGCUGAAGUCAGAUUACAACCUGCUGAACACGUCCAUGCUGGGCCAGCUCAUCCCCGAGGUGGGCCGUCAGUUCCCUGAGCCCAUGCCCCUGGUGCUCAAGGUGCGGCUGGGUGCCACACCCACAGUCACACUCCGGACCAACAACGCCACACUGCGGCUGCAGCCCUUCGUGGAGGUCCUGGCCCCGGCGUCCAACUCGGCUUUCCAGUCCCUCUUCUCCCUCGAUGUGGUAGUGAACCUGAGCCUCCAGCUCUCCGUGUCCAAGGUGAGGCUUCGGGGGACCACAUCUGUGCUGGGGAAUGUCCAGCUCACUGUGGCCUCCUCCAAUGUGGGCUUCAUUGAUACGGACCAUGUGCAGCCACUCAUGGGCGCUGUGUUUGAGAAGCCCCUGCUGGACCACCUCAAUGCUCUCUUGGGCAUGGGGGUUGCACUCCCCCACGUGGUCAACCUCCAGUACGUCACCCCUGAGAUCUUUGUCUACGAGGGCUACAUCGUGGUGUCCAGUAGACUCUUGUACCAGCGCUGACCUGGGACCACUCGGAGAGCUGCUCUGGGGACCCUUUUGCCUCAAGCCACUUGGGAAACUGAGGCAAAGCCACACUUAGUCAUCGCCAGCAAGCUGGAUGGCCCAGUCAGGCUGCUUAAUCCCACUCCUCCGCCCCUCCUUCCCCAGCCCCCUCCUUC